GGCAAAUAAUAAUGAAAAAUUUUUUUUUACAUUUUCACUUGGUAACAAUUAUAAUAAUCAUCAAAAAGAAUAUGAAUUAGAAGAGUAUCUUAGAAAACCUCCAUUAAAUCCUCAAACAGUUCCACUACAAUGGUAG